AUGGAUGGCAUCGAGCGUAGGCUUGAGAUAAUUGAGCAAAGGCACAAACCCUCCGCAGUUGAGGUUGUCGAACUGGAGCGAACGGUGAACUCGUUAAAACUAGAACUCAACGAUCGGAAUCAAGAGGCACUGCUCUCGGAUCUGGAGAUCGGGCAUUUACCGGAAGAAAAGGGUGAAAAUAUCAUUCACACCGUGUCCGUGCUCGCAGCCAGACUAGGUGUGCCACUAGAAGAGCGAGACAUAGUGUUUGCGGAGCGCAUGGGAGCGGUCCAAGCGGCGGUUAGUGGCGGGUCGCCGGGUAGCGUAGUACCGCGGAGCCGCCGCGUCGUGGUGCGGCUGGCGCGCCGUCAGCUGCGCGACGAGCUGUUGCGCGCCACGCGUGUGCGCCGCACACUCACCACCACGUUGAACGUUGAUUGUCGUCUACAUGCCCCAAUGUGA